AUGAAUCUCCAGGAGCGACCAGUGGAUUAUGCACGCAUAGAUUUGAGAAUAUUCGAAAAAUCUCCCGUGUGGUCCGACAAAUACUUGUCUCAAAUUAAUUUGCAACAACGUCCGUACGAUUUUCAAAUUGAACUCGUACAAUCGGUAAUUCAAUCCCAAAAAAACACCAUCAUAUGUGUACGUACCGGAUCGGGGAAAACAUACGUGGCUGCACUUCUCAUCAAGUAUUACUAUAUGAAAAAAAUGAUAUCAUCGCGACAACGAUUUUUAUCCUUUUUUUUUAUCCCGCAUCGUGCCAUACGCGAUCAACAAGCACUUGCCAUUGAAUCGGUUGGCGAUCUGCGUGUUUCGGCUUGUGACGAUGAUUCAUUCGUCAGCGAAUAUAUCCGACGGAGUGAUGUCAUAGUUUGUACUCCACAGAAAUUUCUCAAUUGUCUACUGCAAGAGCGAUCUCUUCGAAUGACCGAUAUCGAUUUGAUGAUAUUCGAUGAGUGUCAUAACUGUAUUGGGAGUCACCCGUAUUCUCAGAUCAUGAAACAGUGCUUGUUACACUACCAACAACAUCAAUUGCCUAGAAUUAUUGGUAUGACAGCAUCAUGUAGCACUAAGAUAACGAACAUGCAGCAGCUGUUUCAUUCAUUAUCUGAUGAUGAUGUUCGAAAGGGAUCAGCCAUUGCUAAUCUUUACCAAUUAUGUGCAACAAUAAACUGUCAGGCAAUUAGUGCAGUGACGAAAAGGGAUCAGCUACUGGAGCUAGAGAAAAAGAUCAGUCGGCCAACACAAGAUGAAAUUGUUUGUGUUGAUUCGAAACCAUUCGAUCAGCACACAAAGAAAUUCAAAGAGACUCUCAUCUAUUUGAUGAAAGAAAUUAGAAAAAAAUGUUCACCAAAAAUCACGUCAACCGAUAUUGAGCAACAAUUAGUUGAACAAAAGCAGGACGCAGAGAAGAAAGGAGAAUUCACGAAUGUCAUCUUGAUUAAAUAUUUAAUUAUGCUGGUAAAGCGACUUGAUGCAAUAACAGAUUUGCCAUUGAACUCACUGAUAAUAGAUCUAAUCAAUCGCGUAGAUUCAUUCUACAAUAAGAAAGAGACGCCAAUCGAGGUUGAAAUUCAAGUUUAUGAGCUUUGUCAAAAUAAGUUGAAUAGUUUGAUUGAACAACUGAAAGAAAGUGUAUUUUAUUUUACGAAUCCAAAAUUAGACUUGCUUUCAAAACUGAUACGAAAGCAUACGGCAGAACGAGAGGAUGCACGAGGUACUCUUUAUGGUACUGUAAAACCUUGUUGGUUAGUAGGACAAAGCGGAACCGAUUUCACAAAAACCAUAAAUGAACAAGACGAAACAUUGAAAGAUUUUCGAAAAGGCUUGUGUAACGUGAUGGUUGCAACAGAUGUUGUUCAAGAGGGGCUGGAUGUUCCACAGUGCUCAUAUGUCGUUCGGUAUGAAUUUGUAUCAAGCGAAAUUGGUACAGUGCAAGCAAGAGGACGAGCCCGGACGCAGAACAGUGCAUAUUAUUUGAUAACAACGUCAGAUUCACAAAAUUACAUGCGAGAAAAGAUUAAUCGUUUGAAAGAAAAACAGAUGGAUGAAGCUUUGGAAGAAUGGAAGCAAAUGUCGCCUGAUGAAUUGAAACAAAAUAUCGCGAAGAAACAAGUGAAUAAAAAGAAGUUUAUAAAAGAAGAGAUCGUGAACGGAUGGCAACAUGAAGAAGAACAAACGAAUGCUGCUAGUUCAAUGCUGACUGAUACGCCACCCGACGGUAAAGUAUCGUGUCGUUCCUGUGGCUACUAUCUUGGAAAAUUAGAAUGGCUACGAAGACGAAAUACAUGUUAUUUUGUGCAGAAACAACACGUUUUGGAACGUGUAGAAAUCGAGUUGAAGCUGGAACCAAAACAAAUUAAAGAUAUACAGAUUAAUGGUAAAGUUCGAUGUGGUAACACGCAAUGUCGUGAAGAACUGGGUGGUGCACAAGAGUUUUUAAAUCGAAAGGAUAUGAAAGAAAUUUGCGCACUGAAAUGUAAUCAAUUGAAAUUUUCGUACAUUAACAAAGAGUCUGGACGAGAAAAUAUCAUUGUUGGCAAGAAAUGGACAGAAUUACCAUUUAGAAUAGUCGAACUAGAAACACGGCCACCCAGAAGAUCGUAG